CCCAGCCCGGGCUCCUGCCACCGAGCCACGCUUCCCGAGUACGGCGAUCAUCAUCGUCAUUAUUAUUACAGCUCAGCCAGAGCGGCAGCCUUCGGAGCGGUUUCCAGUCAGAGGGGCUUUGAAGGGACCCGGGAUGCCCAAAGGGAAGAGCGAAGGAUCGCCGGUGCGGUUCAACCUCGAUUUUCGUCCGCUUGGGAAGAGAGGAUUGUCGAGAGGCGGCAUCGUCGGCGUCGCCUUUACCGUCGCCGUCGACCGUCCUGGUGCCGAGCAGCGGGUUUUAGGGUGAAUUGACAGAUGAAGGCUAAGAAUCUAUGCGGUAGCGGAGUCGUCUUCUGAAGGACGUGGAACCGAGUCGCCGGACGAGCGAUGGAAGCGGUCCGGGAACUCCGGAGAGCUCCGCCCGAGCGCUUGGAGUGCGACCACUGCAGUUUCAAGGGCACGGACUACGAGAACGUCCAGAUCCACAUGGGCACCAUUCACCCGGAGUACUGUGAUGAGAUGGAUGCCGGCGGGUUAGGUAAAAUCAUAUUUUAUCAGAAGAGCGCCAAGCUUUUUCACUGCCACAAAUGCUUCUUCACCAGCAAGAUGUACUGUAACGUGUAUCAUCACAUCACCUCUCAACACGCGGUGCCAGAGAAGUGGAACGACCAGAAUACUCAGUUGAACGCUGGGACGGAUUCCCUGAAAGCUCCCCGUUUUCCCGAGACCCCCCAGACAACUCCCCUUUCCCCCGAGGUACCGAAGCCCGCGCCGCUGGCUUCGGCCGAACCCCCGAGACCCGGCCCGCCCCUGAGUCCCGAACCGCCCAGACCCGCCCCCGUCGCCUCUCCGGAGCCUCAGAGACCGCCGCCCGUCGCCUCCCCCGAGCCGCUGAGAUCCGUCCCCGUCGCCCCCGAACCGCAGAAACCUGUCCCCGCCUCUCCUCCGGAGCCCCAGAGACUUACCCCCGUCGUCGUCUCUCCGGAGCCCCAGAGACCGGCCCCGGUGACCGCGGAGCCCCCGAAGCCCGCCCUCGUGAGCCCCAAGCCCCAGAGAGUCCCCCUUUUCCCGGAGCCCCCGAAACCGGCUCCGGCUUCCUCCCCCGAGUCCCCGGGACCGGUUCCGGCCGCUUCUCCGGAGCCCUGGGGCCCGUCCCCGGCUUCGUCCCCCGAGCCUCGGAAACCCGCCCCGGCCGCGUCUCCCGAGCCGCGGAAGCCCUCGCCGGCCGUCUCUCCCGAGCCCCGGAAACCGUCCCCGGCCGGGUCUCCCGAGCCCAGGAGGCCGGCUCCGGCCGUGUCCCCGGGGCCCUGGAGGCCCGUGCCCUCCGUCUCACCUCGGCCCUGGAAGGCCGCUCCGUCGGGGCCCCCCGGCUCUUGGAAACCGACUCCGUCUGCGGCGCCUGGACCGUGGAAGUCGGCGCCGUCUGUGUCCCCCGGGUCCUGGAAGGCCGCCCCAGCCGGGACCUGGAAGUCCGCGCCGUCCGCCUCCCCCGGAUCCUGGAAAUCUCCGCCGGUGUCUCCGGAGCCCUGGAAGUCUUCCCCCGCGGGCUCUCCGGAGUCCCGGAAACCUGGGCCGCCCGAGCUCCGCAAAGGAUGCCCUACGCCGGGCCCCCCGGCCUCCCCCGAGCCGCGGAAGCCGGGACCCCCCGCGUCCCCCGAGCCGCGGAAGCCGGGUCCCCCGGCCUCCCCCGAGCUCCGGAAACCCGUCCCCGCGGUGUCCCCAGAGCUCCGGAAACCCCCGGUGUCCCCGGAACUCUGGAAGCUUCCUCCCGACCAACGCAAAUCUCCGGGCUCCGGGGACCCUUGGAAAACCGGCUCCAACGAUUUCCCCGAACCCCCCAAACCCGCUCCCGCCGUUCCUCCCGAGGUCCGGAAGGCUUCCCUCUUCCUCGAGCCCCAGAAACCCCUCGUCUUCCCCGAGUCGCGGAAGCCGUGCGCCCCGGCUUCGUCCGAACCCCCGAAAGCGGUCUCGGAGAUGCGGAGGCCAACCCCCUCGGCCGACCUCGAGGCUCGCAAACCCUCCCUCUUCCCCGAGCCGUCCCCCAAACCGGCCCCGCCCGUCUCCCCCGAGCCCCGGAAGCGUCCUCUCUUCCCGGAGGCCCGGAAGCAUGCCCCGUUCCCCGACCUCCUGAAGUCGGCUCCUCUUUUCCCGGAGCCCCAGCCGUCCGCGGAUCCCGGCGACGGCGAGCCCCGGAAGGAGAGCGCGGAAGACGGAGGGGACGGGACGCUCCUCGAGGAAGAGCGGCCGGGCGGGGCCGGGAGGGCCGCGGACCACCCGGUGCCGCCGAGCCCCAAGAAGCCCAGGACGGACGACCCGGAGAGCUCCGAGGCCGAACUGGGCGACGGGGGGAGGGCGAUGGAUCCGGAGGCCGCCGACCUCAAGAGCCGGGAGACCCGGAGCGACCGAGAGCCCGCCGACCCGGAAUCCGGCGAUUCGAGGAGAGAGAGCAGAGCGGAGGAGGCCGCUCCCGAGCAGCCGAGAAACAUACUGCAGUUCACGGAAGAGAAGGAGGCGUUCAUCUCCGAGGAGGAGAUAGCCAAAUACAUGAAACGGGGAAAGGGAAAAUAUUUUUGCAAGAUCUGUUGCUGCCGGGCUAUGAAGAAGGGGGCCGUGCUGCACCAUUUGGUUAACAAACAUAACGUUCACAGCCCGUAUAAAUGCACCAUCUGCGGGAAGGCCUUUCUCCUGGAGUCCCUUCUCAAGAAUCACGUGGCGGCCCACGGUCAGAGCCUGCUGAAGUGCCCUCGCUGUAGUUUUGAAUCCAAUUUCCCCAGAGGCUUCAAGAAACAUUUAACCCACUGCCAGAGCCGUCACAGCGAAGAGGCCGGGAAAAGGGCCGCGGAGACCGUCGAGCCGUCCGAAGGGCAGACUUGAUUUUUUUUUCUUUUUUCUUCUUCCUUUUUGAAAGUCGAUCAUCCUGCUCCAGAAGCGUGGCGGUUGUCCAAGCUCCCGAAGGUUCGUCUAUAAGUUAGCUAAUUAAAUAGCUUUAGUUGUCUCGGUAGACGUCAGAAGGUGUAUAGCCGUCGUGUCGUGUUUAAUCUGUCUCGGUAGUGUUAGAGAAAACCAACUUUUGAAAGUUGUUUUGUUUUUUUUGUUUUUUACAACAUCCGUUCGUGUCCUAUCUUAAAACCAAUAAAUACAUACUGGGUAUGCCAAA